GAUUAGUACUGCGGUAGACCCGGGACUGGCCUAGACUAGGUAGGAGGGGCUGCAUGGGUCGUGCCGAACUUCCUCAGCUCCAUCGCCCAAGUUACUAGUAUGUGUCCAUCCAUCAUCUAUCUGGGACAACAAUUGUGCCUCGAGCAAUCAACAGCCAUCCUUCUCUGGAUAAACCGGUUCGGCCAUCAAUGCCCAACUCCCACCACAUCCCGGAAAACCAAACAAAUCGAAAACCACUCCCUCAAAGUCCAUGUAUGUAAAACGCAUCAGACCAGGGGAGGAGGGAGGGAGGAACGCAGACGAGAGGCACCGCCCGUAUUUCCCUCAAACUCUUCCUAGAUGGGUAUCCAAUGACGUAACGACCACUUGUUCGCCCAGGUGCUCCAGUCAUCAACCACCUCACUCAUCACCAUGUACGUGUGCGACCAUCCAGCCAGACGCAGCCCCUGCCUUCCCCCCGAUCCUAAAUUUCCGAGAGGGUGGGAAAAUCAGCAACAGCCAUGCCAUUUCUUCUUCUUCUUCUUCGCCGAGGAAACCCCCACGCGACCGCCAAGACGUGUCAUCCAAUUCUCAAGAGGGUCCAGAACCACUGUGGGUGAGCCAGGUAAAGAAAGAAACUUUCCCUAACAGUGAACAAACAAACCCGCAACCCCCCCGCGCAUCACCUUCGCCGCCUCCCGCUCCCUGUGGCCCAGCUCCGCCCCAACAACGAGAGCCACCAUGCGGCCGCCGAUCGUGGUUCGACUUUCGGCCCAUCUGCGUAGCCAUCCGAAACCUCACGGCUCCCUCCCCUCCUUCAGCUGACCUCUGUCAGCACGUCUCGCCCCAAGACAACCAAGUCCAAUGCCUUUAAACACGCGCUUUGUCCGUCGCCCCGUUUGUAACAUUGAACCGAGGCUGCUGGCAACGCGGGACUGGCAUCAUCUUCUUACUCCCGGAACACAUCUCGUGUUUCCUUCACUUACCAAGCCAUGACCAUCUAUCCCAGCUUGGCCCCGAGCUUCUUCUGCCUCGGGGGCUUACGUCUGCUACGCUCAUCUGUCACAUAUAGCGGCCAUCCCGCUCC